GAUUUGUCAUUUUUUGUCUAGCCAAAAAAAAAAAAAAAAAAGGAGAGAGAGAGAGAGAGAGAGAGAGAGAGAAACGAAGAAAAAAAAAGAAGCAAAAAACAUUGUGGGUCUCCGGUGAUUAGGAUCAAAUUAGGGCACCAGCCUUAUCGGAGGAAGAAGCCAUGGGUAGAAAAAAAGUCGAGAUCAAGCGAAUCGAGAACAAAAGUAGUCGACAAGUCACUUUCUCCAAACGACGCAAUGGUCUCAUCGAGAAAGCUCGACAACUUUCAAUUCUCUGUGAAUCUUCCAUCGCUGUUCUCGUCGUCUCCGGCUCCGGAAAACUCUACAAGUCUGCCUCCGGUGACAAGUAAGCUGCUACUUUCCUCUUCUGGAUCUAACUCGAGUUCUGUCCUUUCUCUCUUUGUUUAAUCACUUUCCCCAUAUAGCAAUAACCUCAAAUCUAGGGCUUUUUGUUUCCUUCAAAUCAACUUAGAUCUCCCCCUUUUUCUGUAUGAGGAGAGCUGAUGCUUUAGCUUAAACCUAAUUUGAGAUUAAACAUUGUGGUGGCCAAGAUAUGUUCUUGCUUUUUUUAAAAAAAAAUAUCUAUAAGGAUUUUUAUUUUUUUAUCUUACCUUUGAUUUUUUACAAAUUUUAAUAUUGCAUGUGAUUCAAGAAUUUUUUCUACACGUGUUGAUACAUUCUCAGUGUUGUUUCAAGUAAAUUUUGAAUCGCUAAUUCAUCUGUUGUUCACUUUCAAGAUUCAAUUUUUAUCUUAUAUAUUUUUUUUGGUUUAAGAAACUUACUAGUUUAAUUUUGAGAUUUGAUUUGUAUAUCCAAUAUUGCAAUGCACCUCCGGUGAAUUUGUUUAGAGAGUAAUGGGGGUUAAUGGUAACAUAGACCAAGAGUUCUUUGUUUAAAUUAGAUGCCACAUUGUGGAAUUACUGAUCCGGAAUGUAAUGUAGUCCAUAGUGUUUGUUUUUAUUUUCUCUUCAAUUGAUUUGUCGAUUAAGUACCUUUCAAUGGUCUCUUGUUGAUUUAAUUUUGAAGGCUAAUUGUAGUGCUUGGAUAAUAUUUCACAUUGAUACUUGCCACACAUGCUACAUUGCUUAUCAAAUCGGAUAUCGAUUUUCACUCUUUUAACCCUCUUUUUUUUCUGUUCUUGAAAUGAAUUUAGUUUGGGAUUCUUUGGUAAAGAAACUCAAAACAAUAACUUAGUCUACGACCACCUUAUAUAUGUCGCAGUAGCGUAGUGGAUUCAUUAAGUAGAUAUCGAGCAUCGAUUUCUACCGAUAGGGUGAAACUAGUAGACUAUUAUCAUCUCUUCAAUGAAUUUAAUAGUCUUCCAACUUUGGUUGUUGAUAUUCCUAACCACAUGACCUUUUGACAUUCGUCUAUCUUGAAGACAUCUCAACUACUACUUCUCUUUUAGAACAUUUCUAAUGUGAGUACAAUGAACCAAAACGAAACUACAUUGACAAAUUAACUAAUAUUGAUAGGGUGUUACUUAUAGAAGACUUACAAAGAAAAUUGUCAUUGUGAUAAGAAAAAUAUAUCAUCUAUAAAAUGGAAAUAUAAUAGAUAGCUUCUUCUCAUUGCCUUGAUGUUAACACCAAAAAUGCUGGAUCAUGAAAGUAUAUAGAAUUAUUAGGAUCCUUUCUUAUUUGCCUCCAUUUUACAAUUGUCAAACUCUAGUCGUAGCAAGUUUCUUUGGCAGUUCCUUUAUAUCUUAACUAAGUGGCAUUAUACAAAGUAUUUUGUGACUUAAGAUUGAUUCUUAAUUAUGCGCACUGUCUAGGUUUUCUUCUUUCGGUGAUUAAUGUUAAAUUCUAAACUUAAGAUGUUAGAAAGUGCAUUCUAAGGUAGCCUAUAUUCAUAUUAUUGUAUUAAUAUAUCAUCAACAACACCAAUUAGGAUAAGAGUUGUGAUCUUACCAGAAAGCCAAACCCAUUUUCUUGGCUUGACUUAUAAUCCUGAUAUCAUAGAGUCAGAAAACGUUUUAUUUUCAAUUCCCUGCUGAGUCGUUCGACUUUAUGUGUGAUUGAUUUAAUACUAGGCUGAACUUGGAUUGAAUAGUCAUAAUCAUAGUUAGAUAUUGAUAUGCAUUAGUUGAUACGAAAUUGAAAGAGAAUAUGAUGGAAUGGAAAAGUAAAACAGAAGUAGUCUUCUCAAAACUAGAGUAACAAAAAAAGAGUAAUUGUAUGUGUUUUUAUUUUAAGCUACACACUCUUCACAUUUUCUAAUAUAGACGACGGCUUAAGUAAAGUUGAUUAACAAAAAAGGUGUUGGUAAGGGACACAAAUUGAUGCAAUAUGUAACAUUAUAUAUGAGCAUUCUUUCAGUCCGGUUUAUCCCCUCUAUAAAGUCCUCUAUUGAUGCUGUAUCUAAUUCGUAGUUUUGAAAUGGUUUGGUGUUUCUAAUGAAUUUUUUUUUUGUUCAUGAUAUCUCCAGCAUGUCAAAGAUCAUUGAUCGUUACGAAAUACAUCAUGCUGAUGAACUUGAAGCCUUAGAUCUUGCAGAAAAAACUCGGAAUUAUCUGCCACUCAAAGAGUUACUAGAAAUAGUCCAAAGCAAGCUUGAAGAAUCAAAUGUCGAUAAUGCAAGUGUGGAUACUUUAAUUUCUCUGGAGGAACAGCUCGAGACUGCUCUGUCCGUAACUAGAGCUAGGAAGACAGAACUAAUGAUGGGGGAAGUGAAGUCCCUUCAAAAAACGGAGAACUUGCUGAGAGAAGAGAACCAGACUUUGGCUAGCCAGGUGGGGAAGAAGACGUUUCUGGUUAUAGAAGGUGACAGAGGAAUGUCAUGGGAAAAUGGCUCCGGCAACAAAGUACGGGAGACUCUUCCGCUGCUCAAGUAAUCACCAUCAUCAACGGCUGAGCUUUCACCUUAAACUUACAGCCUGAUUCAGAAGUUUUUACAAAUUUGUAAAUUAUAAAAAGCUUCAUAAUAAUCUCAACCUUUUUAUCUUCCUCGCGCCAAUGUGGAAAUUAAGGUUAAAAAUAAAAUAAAACAGAAGCUCAUGCGAAAGAAUUGUAAAACUAAGAUAAAGCUAUAGUAGAUCUUUAUUGUACCUUCGUAGACGAUAUAAGAUUUAUUCGUGUGUUUGUCUUUUUGUCUGCAAGUACGGAUUGGAUUUAAAGUUUUACUUUCUUCAGCGUGAAGAACCCUAGA